GUCGAGCAGGGAUCGAGGACUCGAAGAAGUGGGGGAUGAUGUUUCUGAGUAACCAGCUGUUUAAGAUCUACUUCAAGAUCAAUAAGCUGCACCUGUGUAAGCCUCUGAUCAGAGCCAUCGACAGCUCCAACCUGAAGAACGACUACAGCCCGGCUCAGAAGGUCACCUACAAGUACUACGUGGGCCGCAAAGCCAUGUUCGACAGCGACUACAAACCAGCCGAGGAGUUCCUGUCGUACGCCUUCGAGCACUGCCAUCGCUCCAGCCAGAAGAACAAGAGGAUGAUCCUCAUCUACCUGCUGCCCGUCAAGAUGCUGCUGGGUCACAUGCCGACUCAUCAGCUGCUCAGGAAGUACGACCUCAUGCAGUUUGCUGAUGUCACCAAAUCUGUGAGUGAGGGGAACCUGCUGCUCCUGAACGAAGCUCUGUCCAAACACGAGACCUUCUUCAUCCGCUGCGGGAUUUUCCUGAUCCUGGAGAAGCUGAAGAUCAUCACCUACAGGAACCUCUUCAAGAAAGUGUACCUGCUGCUCAGGACUCACCAGCUGCCUCUGGACGCCUUCCUCGUGUCUCUGAAGAUGAUGCAGCUGGAGGACGUGGACAUCGACGAGGUGCAGUGCAUCCUCGCCAACCUCAUAUACAUGGGUCACAUCAAAGGUUACAUCUCGCAUCAGCACCAGAAGCUGGUGGUCAGUAAACAGAACCCGUUCCCUCCUCUCUCAUCUGUCUCCUAGACUACGUUACCCACAAUCCUCUCUGGCUGUGACGCUCUGCAGGAACUUUCCCUUCACUGUUCUUUUUUAUUUUGUUCUGUGAAUGUUGAAUUAAAGAAGCUGUUUGUAA